UUUGCGGCCGAAAAAUAAUAGGAAAAAAACUGUGAUAAACUUGUGAUUCGAUAUUUUUGCCAUUCAAAUUAUGAAUAGAAAUCGCCAGAAGUGCGAUAGGCCUCUCGGGGACAGACGACCGAGAAGGGAAAAUGUAAGGUACAUAUGAGAUUAACAGGGAAAACUGUGAUAAAUGAUAAACAUGUCGUGAUUCGAUUAUUUCUCCAUUUAAAAUUAUGAAUAGAAACCGUCAGAAGGGCGGUACGCCUCUCAAGGCCAGAGGACCGAAAAGGGAAAAUGUAAGGUUCGGCAAAAAGAGUCACAACAGACUGAAGUUGGAUGCCCAGACACAGGAGGCGUGUCCCGAAGAUCUGCGCAUAAAAAUCGACAAGACGAUAGACGAGUUCCUCGACGACCACGAGAAGAUCGAGUACGUAUUCCCUACCGACUUGAACAACCUGCAGAGGAAGUACAUCCACUGCAAAGCGCUUGCGCUGAAUUUGAUUUCCAAGUCAUACGGAAAGGAACCCAACAGGGAGCUGCACUUGCGCAAGAGACCCAAUGCCGUUACAGGUAAAACGUUGGAGAUAAAAGUUAGCAAGGCGAUCGCGAACGAACUGCGCCGAUCCAACGAACAAUGGUGCUCUACGCAACGGGAACGCCAACGAAACUACCACACCCUGCAGAGGUGCGAGAAGGUGUACGGCAAGCUACAAGACACGAGCCCCGUCGUUCCCAGACAGCCCCGCGUCUCCCCGGAGAUACAACGCGUCAGAGAUACUUUGCCGAUUUUCGAUCAGAAACUCUUGAUCGUAAGCACGAUCAACGAUCACCAAGUGGUAAUCGUGUCUUCGGAGACGGGCUCGGGCAAAACGACCCAAAUUCCCCAGUACGUCAUGGAGGAUAUGUCGAGCCGCGGAGAGCCCUGCAAAAUCAUCUGCACUCAACCGAGGCGAAUUUCGACAAUGGCGGCGGCCGAACGAGUCGCCUAUGAACGGGGCGAAUCAGUCGGGAACUCGGUCGGCUACCACAUACGAUUGGAGUCCAAAUACGGUUUCGCCACUUCUCUGGUUUACUGCACUGUGGGCGUGUUCCUGCGGAAUCUAAUGUGCGGUAGCGAGUGUCUGCGCAAUAUCACCCACGUCAUCGUCGACGAGCUCCACGAGCGCGACAAGCUCACGGAUUUCCUGCUGAUCUGCCUGAGCCAGUACCUGGAGCGGUACCCGCGGCUCAGGCUGAUCCUAAUGUCGGCUACGUUGAACGUGGCCAAGUUCCGCCAGUACUUCAAAACGGACGCGGUGAUAUCGGUGCCUGGCAGACUGUACCCGAUCCAGUCGUACUUCCUGGAGGACGUCCUCUGCAUGACGCAGUACUUCACGCCGCACAUGCGCGUCGCCCAGGCAAAGCUCGAGAAAACGCAGGAGGGGAAACCGGUCAGGUACGACAUAACGGACGAUGCGGACAGCGUCGACGCCGCACUGGAGGCCUACAUGAACUUCAGCGACGAGUACAACUACACGGCGCACUACGAGGAGGCCACCGCCGAUUUACUGCAGUUUUUCAUCACGGAAGACGUGCCGGUCGACUAUCAGCACUCGCAGAAAGGAUGGACGGCCCUGAUGAUAGCCGCCCACUUGGGCGACAUGGAGUUCAUCUCCAAGCUGUGCAACAUGGGAGCGUCGCUCGACUCGUCCUGCGUUCUCGGAAAAACCCCGUUCGAUUACGCGCGGCUCAGUAACAAACCCGACGCUUAUCAGUACCUGGCGGCGGUGCAGCAGCACCGACUGAACCAGGGCACCGCUAGUAGCACUAGCGAUUCCUACUUUCUGCUGCAACUGUACGACAUGACGACCCCCGACGAUUUUAUUGACUACGAUUUGAUCAAGACCCUCGUGAAAUACAUCCACAGCCGUUCCGACGCCGGCUCCAUUUUGAUAUUCCUGCCCGGCUACGACGAGAUUAUGCAGUGCAACGAUCACAUUGUUGAUUCGGACAUCGAUCGCGCCACCUAUCGCACUUAUUUCCUGCACAGCAGCAUGAACAUGAAGGAUCAGUGCGGCGUUUUCAAGCCUCCGCCUCCGUUCGUGAGGAAGAUAAUUCUCUCGACCAACAUCGCCGAGACCAGCAUUACGAUCGAGGACGUAGUGUUCGUCAUAGACGCCGGCAAGGUCAAGGAGAAGGCGUACGACUCGUACAACAAGAUGUCCGCGCUGCAGACGCAGUGGAUAUCGAAGGCGUGCGCGAAGCAACGGGAGGGGAGGGCGGGCCGCGUGCGGCCCGGCUUCUGUUUCCGUCUGUAUUCCGGUCAGAGGUUCAACCAUAUGGCGGAAGAACGAGUGCCGGAAAUCCUGCGGGUGUCGCUCGAGGAGCUGUGCUUGCACGCGAAGAUCAUCGCCACCACUGGCGUCAAUAUCUACAAUUUCCUGUCGCUGGCACCCGAUCCACCUAGCGCCAAUUCCAUACGCGUCGCGAUCGAAAGUUUGGAGGCGUUGGGCGCGCUCGACCAGGAGGAGGAUCUCACCAAGCUCGGCGAGUAUCUCGCGCAGCUCGCGCUCGAGCCCAGGCUCGGCAAGAUGCUCAUCUACGGCUGCAUCUUUAAGUGUCUGGAGCCCAUUUUGACGUUGGCCGCGGUCAUGGCGAACAGGGACCCGUUCCAGUUGCCCCCGCAGGCCAACCUGAAAAGUCUGGCGCAGGCGCGGCGCAGGGAACUCACGGAAAACGUGCCCAGCGAUCACCUGAUGUACCUUAGGGUGUUCCAGAGGUGGCAGGAGGAAACGCGCUGUGGCAGGGCGCGGCAAUUCUGCCGCGACUUUUUCAUUUCCGAAUCGACGAUGCUGACGGUGUUGGAGAUCAGACGGCAACUGGUCGCCCAACUCCGUGCCAUAGGUUUUGUGAACGGUACCCGGGGCAUAGACGAGUGCAACGUAAACAGCGACAGCUGGCCCCUGGUCAAGGGCAUCAUGGGUGCCGCGUUUUACCCCAACGUCGGAUACCCCACCUUGAACAGGCAAGCGUUGACCACCAGGUACAUAAACAAGGUCACGGUGCACAACAGCAGCGUAUGCGCUAAGAAGGAGCUCGACCUGUGGCUGUUUUACGACGAACUGAUCAAGAACCGGAUCAGUUUCAUGGUGAAGGGCACAACCGCGAUCACCCCGCUGACGGUGGCGCUCAUGUGCGGCACGAAUGCCGUCUACCCGGACGAGGCGUCGCUCAUCAUCGACGACUGGGUCUUAUUCACUUUCGGUGAGCCACUGGUGCUGAAAUUCCGACGGGCCAUGCACGACCUGAUCGAGAAAGUGUUAGGCAACCCGUGGCACUCGUUAGAUGGGCGAAACAACGCGGUCAACGACGUCCUGCGUAAGAUACUCGAGCUGCAGGACACGGAGACCGGGUUAGUGCAGCCGAGACACAUCGGGGUGAGGCCAAAGUUUCUCUACAACGCCCCGAACCUGAGAAGAGGCGCAGGAGGCGCUUCUAACGGCUGGAUCGAGGUGCACAAAAAAGGAAAGUCGCCGAAAAGACCGCCACCGCGAACCUCCAGGAGGUUUGGUAUGCAGUCCACCAGCGUGGAACAGGUGCGCUACGGGUUGCAGGACAUUAGUUUGACGCCAAGUCGCAGGGAUCCCAGGUCGCCCGACGAAGAGCCUCCUUAUUAUCCCGAGAAAGGUGGCGGCUUUUUGCCCUUUCGGUAUUAUUGCAAUCUACAAUCAUCUCCCGCGUCGUCAGGCGGCGAAGAAGGUCGCACGGCGGAUGUCGCCUUCAGGGGCGGCGCUUCCUCCAGAUACGGCGACUUCGAGGACAACCCAAUAUUCCUGAUGAUCCGCCCGUUGGAGAAACGAAACGUCGACAUCGCGCAGAGCUCCCACAAAUGGGUCUUCUCGCCCCAGACCGAGAAAAAGAUCCUUCAUUUCAGCAAGCUGGGUAAAAUCGUGUACCUCGCCUUUUACGUCAAGGACAUGUCGAGCUUCAUGGGCGUGGCUGAGUUCCAACAAUUCACGUUCGGUACCAAUCAGUCCAAGCCGGUCGGCCUUAUUUCCUGGGUGUACACGACGCCCCUCCACAAAUCGAAAACCAAGCACCUCGUCAACCCCUACGACGACCAGCGACCGAUAAACGAUGCACUCGAUGGCAUGGUGUUGCACCAGCAGGUCGGCGAGGAACUGAUGCGGAUCUACGCCGAAUCGGUCGCCGCCCUGUCGUCGGGAUGUUACGCCUAGGGGUAGGGGGGGGGGCAAUGCAUUUUUUUCUCAGUUUUUGUCGGUCGUUUCAAGAAUUAUAGUUUCGGUUUUAUUUGCAACGCAAUUGAUGAUAUAUAUAUAUACAUAAAAAAUUUUCUAAUAGAUUUUUGGCAUCGA